UUCAAGUUAUUGUGAAAUGGAGGGUGACAUAAGGGUUGAAGCCAAAUCCUCAACAAUAGUCAUCGUAACACCUCUCGAUAGCGUCUACUCAUCCACCAUUGAGCCUUAUCCCCGACCCAAAUCGCGCCGCGUCAAGAAAUGGAGACUCACAACCCACCAACACAACGUCCCCAGAUGCACCCAACAUCACAACCAUCCCGCAAUCCUCUUCUCAAUUUCUGGAUUCACAGGAUCAAAGACACAACGCGGAAAUUACUUCCACGACUUCGCCGACGUGUUGUUUCCCUUAUACAUGACUUCCUCCAGAUUCCAAGGAGAAGUCCACUUCCUCGCAACCGACUACAAGCCGCUGUGGAUACGCCAAUACACACACAUUCUAAAUAAGUUAACCAAACACAACAUUUUAGACAUCGACGCCCAGACAUCACAAGUCCACUGCUACCACAACAUGCAACUCGGCCUCACAUUCUACAAUGUGCUCAUGAGCCCUCCGUCGUCGCCAUUGUCGCCGCCUUCCCCAUCGAUGCACACAUUCCGGCAGCUGCUGAGGGAAACCUACUCCCUCAAGAGGGAGAGCGCCACAAUAUUAAACGUGGCCAAGCCUCGGGCACGACCCGCUGACUAUUUGGUUGUGUCCCCGCCUCGGCCCCGUCUCAUGAUCAUAGACAGGAAGCAGUAUAGGGUGAUAAGGAACGCGGGGCAAGUCUCGAGCAUGGCGGCGGGGAUGGGGUUCGAGGUGGUGGUGGCGGACGCGGGAAGGUCGACGGAGAUGUGGAGAGUGGCGGAGGCGGUGAACUCGUGCGACGUGCUGGUGGGGGUGCACGGGGCGGGGCUGACGAACAUGGUGUUCUUGCCGGAUAAGGCGGUUGUGAUUCAAAUUCUCCCGUUUGGAGACGUGGAGUGGUAUGCGGCGACUGAUUUCGGGAACCCCGCGCCUGGCAUGAACUUGAGGUAUAUGGAGUAUAAGAUUAGUCGGAGUGAGAGCUCUCUCACCGGAGAUUAUCCCACCGAUCAUCAUGUUCUCACCAACCCCGAAUCCUAUAGGGGUACGCCUGAUUUCUGGACCAUUUAUAUGAUAGGACAAAAUGUGACGCUUGAUUUAACUAGGUUUAAAGGAACUUUAGUUAAGGCGCUCGAGUUAUUGAGACCUUCACCUUGACCGACUUUCCAACCAUGUGUAUGUGUUCAUCAUAUUAUCUGCUUUUUUAUGUGUAAUAGGCUUCCUACACCACAAUUAAUACAUAGUUUUAUGUAAUAUCACCAUGAA